UGGACUGAAUGCUCUCCGUCUUUCUAGCUCUAGCUGGGCAGCUGUCGUGUUGAGGAGGUGUAUUGUGGAGUGGUCUGUGGUUAGGGAUCGAGGUUAUUCACGGAGGUGGCUCGUUUCUUGUGUUUGGAUAAAUUAUCGUGUAGUUUAGACAAUUUCAAAUAUUUGUGAACUACGUCUGGUAUAUCGUAGUUAAAACAAACCAACUGGUAGUUGUUGUCAUUAUCAUAAUUCAAUUGUUUUUCACGUAGGCCUAGGCUAAAUUGUACAAUAACUCCGUAGCGUACCUUUGUCAAAAUGUUUCAUCUAAGAACCAUCUCGAAAUUACCGAAAUCCCCCUUGAACAAUGAUUUUAGUAAGUUACUGAAGUACACUCCAGCCUUAAUGCAAAUCGGUUCUCAAAGAGCUAUUCAUGAAAUUCCAGAUAGGUUAAAAGACAUUCCAACUUCACCAAAUCCAAGAUUUUUUGAUAUGGUGGAAUAUUUCUUCCACCGUGCUUGCCAAAUAGCAGAAGACAAGUUAGUUGAAGACAUGAAAACAAAAAUGCCUUUGGAAGACAAGAAGAAAAAAGUGAAAGGAAUUUUAAUGGGCAUGCAACCCUGUGACCACAUUAUUGAAAUCAACUUCCCUGUACGCCGUGACAGUGGCGAUUAUGAAAUGAUAACUGGAUACCGUGCACAACACAGUACUCAUCGAACACCUUGUAAAGGAGGUAUCCGUUUCUCUGAGGAAGUAACCAGGGAUGAGGUAAAAGCACUGUCAGCCCUGAUGACAUUCAAGUGUGCAUGUGUGGACGUUCCCUUUGGUGGCGCCAAGGCAGGGGUCAAGAUCAACCCCAAAGACUACAGUGAACAUGAGCUGGAGAGGAUCACUCGCCGGUUCACCCUAGAGCUGGCCAAGAAAGGCUUCAUUGGACCUGGUGUGGACGUACCAGCUCCUGACAUGGGCACCGGAGAACGUGAGAUGUCUUGGAUAGCAGACACAUACGCCAAGACUAUCGGUCAUUUAGAUAUCAAUGCACAUGCGUGUGUGACCGGCAAGCCCAUCAACCAGGGGGGUAUCCACGGUCGUAUCUCGGCUACCGGACGGGGCGUGUUUCACGGACUGGAGAACUUCAUCAUGGAGGCCAACUACAUGAGUAUGAUUGGCACCACACCGGGAUGGGGUGGCAAGACUUUCAUCGUUCAGGGCUUUGGUAAUGUGGGUCUGCACACAAUGAGAUACCUCCAUCGCGCUGGAGCCACCUGUAUUGGUGUCAUUGAACGUGAUGGCUCCAUCAUCAAUCCAGAGGGCAUUGACCCUAAGAAACUAGAGGAUUAUCGCAUUGAAGCUGGAACUAUCGUUGGUUUCCCUGGAGCCCAGCCCUACCAAGGAGAGAACCUCAUGUUUGAACCCUGUGAUAUUUUCGUUCCUGCUGCCAUCGAGAAAGUCAUCACCAAAGAGAACGCUCAUAGAAUCCAAGCUAAGAUUAUUGGUGAAGCUGCAAAUGGUCCAACAACUCCAGCAGCUGAUGCUAUACUCCUUGAGCGUAACAUCCUUGUCAUCCCUGACCUGUACAUCAACGCUGGGGGUGUAACUGUGUCCUUCUUUGAAUGGCUGAAGAACCUCAACCACGUGUCAUACGGCAGACUUACCUUCAAGUACGAGAGGGAAUCCAACUACCAUCUUCUUGAAUCUGUACAAGAAUCUCUUGAGCGGCGAUUUGGCCGAGUCGGCGGUCGUAUCCCAGUUACCCCAUCGGAGGCCUUCCAGAAGAGAAUUGCUGGAGCAUCAGAGAAGGACAUUGUCCACUCUGGUCUGGACUACACAAUGGAACGUUCUGCCCGGGCUAUCAUGAAAACUGCUACAAAAUACAAUUUGGGACUCGACUUGCGAACAGCUGCGUAUGUCAAUUCAAUUGAAAAGAUCUACACCACUUACAAAGAAGCUGGGUUGGCAUUUUAAAUGUUGAAGCAGCAAACACCAAUCUGCUAAUCUCUUGGAGAUCUGUUAUUUGGAUAAGUCUUUAGAUUAAGGUUAAUUCCCUUCUCCGGGUAUCGGUGCUUUUUAUUUACCUUAUGAUCUUGCUAAGCAACUCUUGAUCUGGUCAAAGUAUGGUCGCAGUCAAUUUGGUUAUAUUUGAGGAGAGAAACAGUGGAUGCAUAGUAAUAAAUAAAUUACUGGAGCAGAUUUUUUAUGUGCAUGUCAAUUAUUUAUUCAAAGAAUCAACUGUAAAGUAUCUGAAAACAGUCACAGGUAUGGAUUUUUUAGUUCAGAAAGUAUAAUUUUUAAUUGUUAAAAUAUGGGAAUUCUUCAGUUGUUUCAUUGCAUUCCUUUUCUAUAAAUAAAAAUCCAAGAUUGACUGUAACUUCAUUUUAUGAAUUUAUUGUUUCUAGUCUUCUUCUAUCUGUAUUGUGUACAACUAUUCAUUUAUACAAGGUAUUGCUAAAAGCAAAUUAGUAUGAAUAAUUAUAUUAUCUGUAGUAAGUAAAGAGUUAGUUACAUUUAAAGAAUUAUUUGUAAGGGAGUUAAAUUUGUUCCUUCUUUAAUCAGAGUAAUUAACUUUGGUGAUAUUCUGUGUACCUUAAGUAAAAAUGCUUCAAUUCACUGCUCACUUGUUUGAUAUUAUUGGAAUACACUCGACAUUUAUUUAUGUGCACUGUUUUAUGUAAUACAAGUUUUAUACAUUUUUAGUUUUUUUAUAAUUACUCUUAGGAAUUUCAUAAUUAUUAUAUUGUUCCCUACUUAAUUAACUCCUGUUUGUAUGGUACAAAUAUCUGUGUUCAAUGUACAAUAUUUUCACCAAAACUGUAAUGAAUUGUGUAAUUUAUGUGUUAGAAUAAUCUAACUAUGUAUGAUUCACUGAAAUUCAAGUUGGAACGUUUACUAUUUCAUAAAAACCUGGUUCUGUCUAGAUAAUUUUUUAAAUUCUUGUGUGGGUUUAAAAUUUGUUACUUAGAAUUUAAAAACCUUAAAUUUUAAGUAUACUGUUAGCUUUCUAAAACCUAAAAUUGAGUCAUAGAAUAUGUUAUUAUUUUUGUAAAAAGCUUGUCUGAUUUUUAUUGAAAAAAAAUUAUCUUUAAUGGUAGGUAAAACAUUUCCACCAUUGUAGUACUGUAAUUCAAUAUUCCAUUUUUGUAAAGUAAUUUAAACAUGUUAGAUUAUAUUUGUAAUGUUUCAUUCAUUUGUGGUUUUAAUUGCUUAAAGUUGUAAUAGUAGUUCUGUACAGUAGUAAAAAUUUUAAAGUGUGACUUUAAAUGUAACUAAAAUCUUAUUUGCAUUAAAUUUUAUUUUUCUUUUGGAAAUUUAUUAGGAAAAUAUGUCAAAUUUCUUGCCUUGUUUUUAGUAAUGCUUUAAGACAUCUUCAUUAGAAUGUUUUAGAUUUGAAUAAUUGCCAUUCUAUGUCUCAUUAUUUUACUUUUAGUGAAAAUCCUUCAAAGUUUGGUGAUUUACUUGUCUACUUGUUACAAAUUAAUGCUAUUUUAGUUUUCUAGGAAGCUAAUGUGUUAGUUAUAUUAAGCUUUUUAAUAAAAUAGUACAUUUUGCCAGUAAUGUUCUUCCUAAUCACACAUAUUUCAUGCACAGUAUUGUUUAAUACAUUCCAUUUUAUUCAUCAAAAUCAUUCCUUUUUCCAGUAUAUUUCAUUGCAGAUUAACUAUCAAGUGUUGAUUGUAAGAAUCUGAUAAUAUGUACAGUUACUGAGUACUUAACUUUCCUAUUAAAUAUAAUUUUGAAUUGUAUAUUUAAAACCAUUCCAUUCCAGAUGCGUUAUUUUAAUAUAAAUUGUUCUAUUUCAACUAUCUGUAAAAGAAGUUUUAAAUUUUGUUGAUAACUGUAUUUAUACUUAAGAUAAAUGAUACCGUCGGGUCAUCUCACAGUUAAUUUUUCCUUAUGUCGGUGAUACAACUUAAUUUUCUUGCCUUUUUUCUUGAACAUCUGCCAUGACAUACAGGGUUGAACACCAGGUCACUCACUGAUAAGGUGAAAUGAUACUUGUGCCAAGGUCAGUCACUGAGUAAGUUUAUCUCUAACUAUUAUCUCUGUGAUACAGCCUAGCAAGUGUUGCUGCAAAUUCUAUGUUUCCAAUAUGAUUAGGGAAAAGUAUUACUUUUUGCUGUGAAUAAAAUACUUGAAACUUCUUUUACUUUUAUUUUAAUACUUUCUAUAUGUUUUAGAUGUUCUUUUAUGUAAUCAUUCUGUUGUUUUCUUUGUAUUUAGAGUAAUCAUUAAUGCAUAUAUUUUAUUUGCCAAGCACUUUAUUACUAAUGUUAAAUUUCAUUUUGUUGUAAACACUAUUAAAACUACACUUACAUUCAA